GAAAGGCAGGUGGUGGAUGUGGAAUCUUAUCCUCCUCUUGAUCCUCCUCUUGUGGGUGUGUUUGUGUUUGUGGGUGUGUGUGUCCUCCUCCUCCCUUUCCUUUCCUUAACUUUACUUUUCCCCAUUUCCAUUUCUCUCCGCCCUCCCUCCCUCCCUUCUCUUUCAUUUUCUGGUUUUGUUUGUUUUCUGUUUCUCCUUCUUCUACUUCUGAGCCUUACAAGCUUCUUCUGUCGCGCGGAUGUUGCUGUUGUCUCUUCUUCACUGUUUGUGUUGCCGCUAGCUAUGUCUACCCUUCUUCGAGCCUCGCCUCCUUCUUCCUUGCUCCAUGAACACUUCAUCUUGCAUUACGUCGUGAGGUCCUCUUCUCUCUCUUCCGCCAUUUCUCCUCACUCGUUGCGAACUAUCUCAUCAUCCUCCCACUUAUCUUUCACUAACCCAAUGCCCUCCUUGUCUAACAUUCGUCACCCCCGGAUCCUCCCAAUUUCGCCCUUAUUCUCGUCUCCACGUAUUUCCUGCCAUCACAAAUGCUCGUCAAGCGUUGGGGCCUUUGGACUUGGGGGUUUUCGUAGUUUGCAAUCCACUAACUCCGUUGGACAAGGUAUUCAGAGAAGAGCAGUUGAGCGCGACAGUGGAGACCACAAUGCCAAGCACAUGAGAGAUGUAGCUUCAUUUGAUGACGUUGAUAAUCAAAUUUCGCAGGAGCUGGAAAAAGAUGCUGCUCGUUCAGAGCUCAGGAACGCAGAAGUAAGACCGCAGACACGGAAGAGCGCAAAUGGGAUAUUGAGCUACAAAAUUGUAUCUUCUGGGUCAAGUAGCGAUGAAGAGGAUUUCGUUGAGAGGAGUCGUAACCGGCAGAGAUUCACUUCCAGUGCGGUGAAUGUAGAAAAUCAUUCCACGGAUCGCAAUAGGAAAGUUAAGGUGAAUGCAGAUAAGAAGAAGCGUUCGCUUGAUGUCACGGCGAUUCGCAAUGUAGAUACCCAUACUGCACCUGAAAAUGGCGAGGAGGAGAUCAAGGUUUUCGAGAAGUGGGCAUCGAUGAAAGUUAAGGAGGAAGGUUCAAGUGUGGAACCUGUCAUAGUAGAGAUGCGAGCAUCUUUGCUUCAGAGGUUAGCAGGGGAUUCUCAGCCUCUCACAGUAGACGGUAUUUCUGAAUUACAAACAGAGUUUCCGAAUGCAAGGUCUCAAAGUCUCGAUUUACCCGCAGAGAAGGAUCCACUGGCCUUUGUGGAUCCGGCAAAGAGGCCGAUUGUUAUCAAGCGGAGCUCUAAAGUUCCGGAAGACUGGGAUGGUCCAGGAGGCACAGUUGUCCUCAUCGACAAGCCUCUAGGUUGGAGCUCUUUCGCAGUAUGCGGUAAGCUACGCCAUAUGCUUGGAAUAAAGAAGGUGGGCCAUGCAGGCACGUUGGAUCCCUUGUGUACAGGUCUUCUGAUAGUUUGUGUGGGCAGGGCUACCAAAUGCGCAGACAGCUAUCAGGCCAUGACUAAGGUUUACAGUGGGACAAUGCGGUUUGGUGAGGCGACACCGUCCCUGGAUGCUGGCACACCGGUAAGCGAAGAGUUGCCGUGGGAACAAAUUCAGGAGCAGGAUAUUCAGAGUGCAGUGGAGAAAUCUUUUCAGGGAGACAUCAUGCAGGUCCCUCCCAUGUAUUCAGCCAUUAAGGUGAAGGGCGAGAGACUUUAUACGAAAGCAAGGCGUGGAGAGGAGAUUGUAGUGCCACCUCGACCUGUCAAGAUCUAUGAUUUUCAAUUAAAACGCAGCUCAAAGAAUAGGCAAGAAUGGGAUUUCCACAUUGUGUGUUCUAAGGGAACUUAUAUCCGCUCCUUAUGUGCCGAUCUCGCGCGCUCACUGAAUAGCUGUGCACAUCUCACUGCUCUGAGGCGAGAGAAAAUAGGUAAUUUUAGUGUGGAGGACGCAUGGCCCAUUGAAGAAUUAGAAACAUUCUACAGGGAAGUUUUAAAAGUUCCUUUUCGAUCAUACAAAAAGAGUAGGUGACGCAACUUAUGUGAUAGUGUGGCGCUUCCCAAGAAUGGCUGUAUUGCGCAACAAACAAGUUGUCUCAUCAGUGUUGGAAAAUGUCAAACGUCUGAGGUGUGAACUGCGAAGGUGAUUGAAUUCCUGGUCUCGGCCUGUGUCGAAAACCAGUCUCUGCCCGAGCUUGAACAUUAUGACCUUGCCUUUUUGUUGAUGUGGAUAAGCCAUGAAUCACUCUAAUCGGCAUGUUUAUGUCGUAUAUUUCCACUUUCUGCUCCAUUUCAUAAUCGUUUAGUAGUUGGUGAACAAUAACGGCUUCUUCGUUUUGGAAUAUAAGCCAAGUUGUCCUCGAAUAAGUAAAUGAUUACACCUCAUCUUAAAUAUUACAGGAGAUGGGCAACCAAUAAAA